CGUCAUUCGAGAGUCAACAAUUGCGAUGGCCAUCUAGCCGAGUCUGAGUUUGUUUCGGACUGUUUCAUCUGCGAUCGUGAGAAUAUUUUGAAACCGAUAGAAGCUCACUACUUCGUACUGCCCUACAAGUUGCCAAUAUGCACUGUCCGCACGACUGCUCGCAUGGUUCAGCGGCGCCGUCAGUUCACCAAACAUUGGAAGAACUAGAUUUCAGCAGGGGACUACUCGGCGCAGCCUCUGAUGGGAACUACAAGAAGGUCGAGUCACUUCUUCAAAAAGGCAAUAACCCUGAUCAGGUGGACACUUACGGCUACAGUGCACUUAUUUAUGCUUGCAGGCAUGGGCAUUCUGAUAUUGUUGAGCUGCUACUCAGUCGUGGCGCCCGACCGAACGUACAGACCAAUGGAGGUGCCACUGCCCUACACCGUGCGUCUUACCAUGGGCACCUGAAAUGUGUGUGUUUACUUCUCAACAAAGGUGCAGACUGCACCUUGGUAGACAGUGAUGGGAAAACAGCCCUGCAUAAGGCUGCUGAAAAUGGACAUGAGGAAGUCUGCAGGAUGCUUCUGCAGAAGUCGCCAGGUCUGCUUUUGCUGAAGGACAGUCAUGGAAAAACGGCAUUGGACUGCGCACUACCAAAGCAUUCGCACCUAUCUGAAGUGCUUCGGUGACCACAACAAACAUGGACGAUGGUGGAAAAAAAACUUUGGCAGACUCCGACACAUCGUGCUUCAGUGUACCUGUGUUCCACUGUACACACUGUACAGGCAACCUUGUCACACUUUUUAUGCCCAUAUUCAGUAUAACGCUAGCUUAGGAUUCUUGCGACCGCUUGCUCAACUGCAUGUGCACAGUUGUCAUGCAGCAAUCAGAGCAAGAUUGCCAAAGCACACUAAUGUGAUCAAAGGAGACUGUGAUUCUGUGACGUCUGUGUUGAACAUAUAUAAGUAAAGAAAGUUUGUCGUACUUAACAUACGAGGGACAUUCCGAAAGUAAGUUUUGUCAUUUUCUUGAAAGAGAAGAUGGAGCACCAGGUGAAACAAACAACCGCCAUAAGAAUCCACACCCGUUCCUGGUUCAAUGACAGAAGGAAUGAAGCAUGCACAUAGCAUCGAAGAAGAGGGAGUGGCAAACAGACGUGCGUUGACCUGGUCGCCAGCAGAAGUGCAUGCUGUUAUCCGGUAUGAAUGGGCACGUGGGACUAGUGUGUUCAGCAUCCAUGAACGCCUACAGAUUGUGUACGGUGAAAAGGUCAUGUCUCAGGCCUUGCAUUACAGGGUACAGAGUUUUACCAGAGUGGUUUCUUCAAACUGAUUGCAUGCUACAACAAGUAUUUCAAUGUCAGUGGCGACUAUGUGAAAAAACAGUGCAAGGUGUAUACAGUAGUUCAUAAUGUCGUUGCACAUCUUUUUUUUUUUGCCAAUAAAGUUUCUGUGUGAAAAUAAAUUAUGAAACUUAA